UCCACUGUUCUUGUAUACGACCGUCUCCCAAUGGACGCUUUGCCCAUGUCAGGUCUAAUUUUCCUGCCUGGGUUGUACGUGUCUUGAUCUUGAGGAUGGGCAAACUCCAGUCCAAGCAUGCUUCGAAACGCAGACAGAGUCCGGAAGGUGGUAGUCUGACUUCCAGUGUGCUGAGAGAGAUGGAGCACUGCCACAGCUACAAAGCCAAACUGACAGAGAACUUGUACGUUGAGUUGAGGAAAAACAAGUCUGACCAUAAUCUCAGUGUGGUUCAGGCACUAAAGAGCACACCUGACAGGGAGAAGACGUUCCAGGUCAGGAGACAAACAAAGAAGAGGAAUAGCCAUGUCUCUGACACAGACUGUAACGUGGUGCCUGAGGACGAGUCUCGGCAGGAGUGGGUCUUCACUUUGUACAAUUUCGACAAUGCCGGCAAGGUCACAAAGGAGGACAUGUCCAGUCUGCUACACUCCAUGUACGAAGUUCUGGAGACUUCAGUGAAGCAGCCUUACGGUGGAAAAACUCCCCUGAAGAUCAAGCUAGUUGUAACCCCCUCACCGUGUUUAGGAAAGAGCUCAGAAACAGCUGCAGAGAAGGAGCGGGGCGUGUCUCAGGAGAGUCCAGUGAAAAGGCUUUAUUGUGCCGAUGAAAACAUAGAGCGCAGAAACCACUACCUGGAUCUAGCUGGCAUUGAAAACUUCUCCUCUAAGUUUGACAACACAGAUUCCCUCUGUCCGGAGGCCAAACAGUCUUCUGCCUCUCAUCACCACCACCUAGUGGCGAUAAAACUGAACAACACAUCCAAAGCCAUGCCGGUGGGGAGGGACAGAACUAGAGAAGCGGGAAAGUCCUACAGGUUACACGGCCAACACCCUGCUUUGUGGUGUCAUCCCCAGACUCCCCUUCCGUCCUCCCACAAUCUCCCGCAGCGUUCCCACAGCAAGAGGCUUCACCCCAGGGUGCAAGAUGCUGCCUCGCCCCUGAGACGUCCCAGCUUCCAGAGACAUGAGCACCAUCACCACCAUGAGCAUCACCAUCAUCACCAUCACUAUCACAACUCUUAACUGCAUAAUACACACAUAA